AUUCGUUUAUACGGCGAGCACGUGUUGCCCAAACUUCCGCUCGAAUAAGCGAAAUGCUCUAAACGGUUUUCAACUGAAUACGUUAGUGUCUGCGUCCGUAUUCGGAGAGUUGGCGGGUCGAAAGUGAUCAUUGAAGAGUGAAAUUUCACGAUUCCGGUGGAGGAAAGUGAUGCACCGCCGUUUACUAGUGGACGGCGUUGAUUCAUUCAGAAAAUUCAAACCCACUAGCCCGGGCUCGAGAGCCACAAGAAAGUGUUGUCCGUUUAUAGCGUGUGUGGUGUUGUUGCGAUCGAGGAGAAAAACUGACCACCGAUUGGUAGUGUGCCCAGCGAGAGAGUAAAGGUUAUAAAAUACGAAGACAGUUAAAGAAUUUUCCUCCCAAAGAAGGACGUGACAAGCGCGCGCGUGUGUGUAUAGUAGCAAAGAGCAGAGCAAAGAUGAUUUCGGAAUUGUGAUUAUCAAGAGCUUAUAGGACUAGCAACUGGAAGCAGAAGAACUGUAAUGAUGUUCUCGAGGCGCGCUUUAGCCGCCAGCAGGACGCUUCUGAUUCUGGUAGUGUUGCUGACGAACAGCAUUGUAAUUGUGGGUGGGCAGCGUGACAGUGUAUGCCCUCCGCAGGAUAUUAUCCUUCCAUGCAGAUGCUCACAGCGAGGUAGCGAAGUGCAGAUAUGGUGUUCUCAUAGUGAUCUUCCUCGGGUGCUGAUGGGCCUGAAAGCCGUAUCGAAAUCCAUCAACCGACCAAUCGAUGAACUGAUCCUGGAAAAUAACUUUCUUCCAUCACUCCCGGGACGUACCUUUGCCCCACUCAACGUUCUUCGGUUAAUGCUGCGCCAUAAUGGCCUCGAGCGGCUAUCGAGUGGCUGGCUGAACGAUGUAGAUAGCAGCCUGGUAGAGAUCUUCAUAGUCGAACGCAGCUUGCGCAGCAUUCCGGUGGACAGUUUGAGUGGAUUGCGCAAACUGGAAGCGGUCACCAUCCAGAGUGAACAUCUGAAACGGUUGCCGGACUUUUCCGGCCUUUCGAAGCUUCGUUACAUUAACGUGCAGAGCGGAUCGCUGAUCGAGCUAGCACCACCGUACUUCCGUGGUCUCAUCUCCUUGGAAACGGUGCACGUGACGGGUAGCGCGAGCUUGACGCGUCUGGAAGCGGGCCUGCUCAACGAUCUGCCCAAACUAACGCUCAUUGACCUUUCGGAGAAUGGCAUUAGCUGGGUGCAUUUGCGGACGUUCGUGGGAUUGCCGUCCCUGAGGACGAUGCAGCUAAGCGGAAAUAAGAUUACCGAUGCGGGAAUGAUUGGCCGUGCGAUCAAGGACCUGCAUACGCUGCAGAUCCUGAAGCUCGAUCGCAACAUGAUAUCGAAGCUGGGCGAAGGCAGCUUCGUUGAUCUGCCCUCACUCAAGGAGCUGUACCUGAACGACAAUGGCAUCACGGAAAUCUUCCACGGAGCGUUCCACCGGACUCCGAGCCUGAAGCUGGUCCACCUCGAGAACAACUAUCUGCGCCGCGUGCAUCCGGAAUCGUUCCUGCAGGCAUCGGGAAGUGGCGUGGAGAUGAUGCACCUGCAGCAGAAUGAGAUUGGCCGGGUGGAAGAGCUGCGCUCGCUGCUGGAUGCGUUGCCAAUGCUGCGGUUUCUGGAUCUAAGCUACAACAAGCUGGAAGCAAUCCCGUUCGGGGCACUGCGCGGUCACGGAACGCUGGAGCAGCUCUACCUGAACCAGAACCGGAUUCGUAUGAUCGAGCGAGACGCGUUCAUGGCGAUGCCAGGAUUGCGCGAGCUGCGGCUACAGAACAACUCGCUCAGCGAUCAGCUACCGAUGCCCUUCUGGAAUUUGCCAGGAUUGAAGGGAAUCGACAUCUCGUACAACAACUUCCGCAGGAUGGAUCCGAGUUUGCUGGUCGGUGUGCCUUCGCUUCGUCGGCUAGACAUCAGCGGGAACGCACUUUCCGCUAUCGAACCGAGCGCUUUCGGCAACACACCCAUGCUGGAAACGGUCAACAUUUCCUUCAACGAGCUAACGCACAUUCAUCCGGGUACGUUCCGUGACCUGCACCAUAUGUUCGAGCUGGAUGCCGGUGAUAACCGGUUGCAGGAGUUCAUCCCCGGGCUACCGCUGGCUGUCGAGCGGAUCAACUUACAACGCAACAAGAUCUCCGCACUACCGCAACCCUCUACGGGAUCCAAACUGUGGGAUCUGCCGAAUCUUCGCAUGCUGGAUGUUAGCGGCAAUGAGCUGACGCGACUCCCGAGGGCAGUGUUCAAGCCAGCACCUCAACUACGAGUACUUAGCUUGGCUCGCAAUCAACUCCAAUCGAUUGAUGAUGGCAGCCUUAGCGGGUUAACUCGGUUGGAGGUUCUCAAUCUACAGGACAAUCGGGUCCUGGCGCUACACGAACGGUGCUUCAAUCCGCUCGAGAACCUGCGAGAGCUCAAUCUACAGGGCAACCGGAUUGAGGUGCUCGUGGAUAAUCUCCUCGAUGGUAAUGCUCUGCUUGAGCAGUUCGAUGCUUCGCGCAACAGUAUCGUGGAAAUCUCGGCGAAAGCGUUCCGCAACAGCCGCUCCCUACAGACACUCGAUCUUUCAUCGAACCAGCUGCAUGAGCUACCGGAGUCCUUGUCCGGACUGGCGGAACUGCGAUCGCUGGAUCUGAGCUUCAACCAACUCACAGAAUUAUCACCCAAUUUGCUCGUUUCGUGGCGCAAUCUUGAAGAGCUCAAAGCAUCGAACAACAAGGUGAACCAGCUGCACCAGGGUUCCCUUCGAAAUCUGCCGUUACUGCAGUAUUUUGAUCUGUCCAGCAACGAGCUGACUCAGCUGGAACAUGGCUCUCUCCGGAAUCUGCCCGAGUUGCAGGAACUCGUACUGGCCGAUAAUAGGAUAACCGAGCUGAAGGAGCGUGUCUUUGAGGAUCUUCCUAAUCUGCAGGCCGUUCAUCUGCAGCAGAACAAUCUUCGCUACAUUUCACCAUACAGCUUCUAUCGAUCACCCUCGAUCGUGUACCUGAAUCUGUCGGCCAACCAAUUCCGCAGUCUGGACAAUGUUGGGCUACGCAGCAUCCGCAAUCUAGAGGUGCUGGAUCUGACCGCGAAUGGUAUUCGCAAGAUCACACCGGCUCCGUUCCGCGGUCUCGAUUGGCUCGUGGAGCUUAAGCUGGACGGUAACAGUAUCUGCGCGAUCCAGGGAGAACCGUUCGCUUCGAUGCCGCGGCUAAGGGUGCUGAGUAUGCGGAACAAUCGGAUGUCCCGCGUCCCGGAGCCCAUUUUUCGCAGUUUACGAACCAACAUAGCCAUUUUCGACGUAGACGGGAAUCCGUUGAGCUGUGGUUGCGAUAUGCUGUGGUAUAUGGCCUGGCUGCAGGAGACUCGAAGUAACGUGUAUCCGGGACCACGCUGCCGGGAUGGUAAGAUGUUGAUGGAAGUGCAGCUGUCCCGGACGGAGUGCCAGAAAUCGGCACAACGUACGAUAGCGGCCGGUGCUGGCGGUGGGCCUGGUACUAAUGUACCUCCUCCGUUGACCAACGACCAUGGCGAUGUGUUUGUGCGUGCCCUUGACUACGAUGAUUGCGGAUCGGAGAACUAUGAGAUGCCACCGGGACCACCAUACCAUCGUCCAGGCUCUCCGACCGACAGUGAUUACUUCUUUGAUCAGUAUGUGGAUCUGCCGAUCGAAGGCCAGCCUAACAAUGGGACAGCAUCGAGCGAUGAUCGGCCCGUGGCACCCGGAGGACAUAACUAUAGCUCCAACAUUGUCGAUUUCAACAAUAACAAAUUCAAUCAACUGUACAGACCACAACCGGGUGGGCCACCUGGGGGACCCGGGGUGUUGCCACCGGACAUACCGGAUACUUCGUCACCAUUUACCUUCUUUGGACUUCCGAUACCGAGCUUGAACAUUGGGAAGAUGUUUGGAGGAUCGGGUCGAAACGUGAACAAUCGAGCAUCCGGAGGGCCCGUGGUGCCGCCCAUACGGGGCAAGGGUCGUGUGCAGGUUUACAAGCAGGGUGAACCGGAGCAGAGCAUCAUCUAUCGGAAUGAUGGUGGCACGAAAUCGGAGUCCAUUUCCGUGAACACACCAGCGGAUUCGUUGGAAAAGAAUCCCGGAGCUUCGACAAACGAGAACAAUCUUUUCUAUCGGCCCUUCUUCCAGACCUCCUAUCGGCCAGCUGCUUCACCAGCAGGACCUGCUCCCGCCGGACCACCACCACAGGUGCAACAGGGUGGUUUUACACCGAUGCUGCCGGGUGCUAUCGGUGGCUUCACCCCCAUCACGGAUCCUACGCUUAAGGUGAUCAAUCAGAACUACACCGAACCAUCGGUCGGUGGCGGCGUUGGUGGUAGUCGUGGUUGGCCAACAGAAUACAAUGAACGAGUGCCGCUGGUAACCGAACCGACUCGCUAUUUGCAGCAGAACAAGUUCACGGCCACGAUCAAGCCAUCGCACAACAGUGCUCCUUACUUUGUCGAUGGUAUUACGCAUCAUCUGCCUGAGAAGAGUGAGCCGGUUGGUGCUCCCGCUACGAAUGCUACUAAUAUUGGUCACUUGCAUGGCGAGGUCAACGAUAAGGUAACAGCGAACGUCGCCGGUGAGUCGUCCAGAAACUCUGAAAUGGCCGAAGAUGAUGGGGAUGAGGAGGAGGAUGAACAGGGCGAAGAGGAUGAGGGAGAUGAGGAGGCCGAGGAAGUUCCUGGUGAGCAAGGAGCAGGAGCAGGAGCAGCCGCCGAUGUGACGACGAGAUUGUCCAUAGAAUUGGCUACUCCAACGAUAGGGCAAACGGGAUCCGCGGGAGGUUCGGUGUUCAACCACGCCUACACCACACCCACGCCCACGAUCCGUGAUCUAGCUCGGACACCUGGCCGCGAGUUUUAUGAGGGAUCCAGCAAUACGCCAACUUCCUUAUCAGCACUGAUUGCACCGUCCAGUGGUUCCGGUUCACCGCGUUCUCCGCCCGGCAAGUCCACGAUCGAGAAGGUACCGGCACCGGUCGCUUCGACAGUGACACCCUACUUCCCUAAUCCAGCGGGUGGCACCCCACCUCGACUGAUACCGGCCGGCGAUUCUGGCGCUCACUAUGGAUCUCCCAACAUCAUCGAUCUAUCGCCCACCAGCCACCACCAUCAUCAUCAUACGCAACAGGAGGACAGCGUGAAUGAGAUCCGUAAGCGCGAGGACAUGGACUGGUACUUUGCCAACUACAACCAUACGCAGCACUACGACUUUGACGAGCUCGAGCUGAAUAGCUAUCGGAGCACCAGCGUCAGGAUGUGGCCAUCCUCGAUAAACGUAAGCAUUGGGCUGCUGCUUUGGAUGCUGGUCGCAGUACGAAUCGUUUAACGAUGUCUGGGCUAGCUAGUGGGAUAGAUUUCACAGAAUGACCGGAACAGAGAGAGCGAACGCGAGAGCUAGGUUUUGCCAAAGGAAGCAACAUCACGGGAGGGUGUGGUGAUCACUCCGACGACGGGGAAUAGUAUUUGUUUUUUGUUAUCUAAUAGAUUUAAAGAUAAGAAGUAAGAAGAGUAAGAAAUACAUUUCGAUCAUUCGAUCAAUAACUCUCCGUAAUCAUCUA